AUGGCUUGUAUCCCCAAUUACAAAACUCUGGGUGCCGAUAGCCAUCAACGAAUUCGCAGAAUAGCGGAUCUCCAGGUCCUCCCUCUUCUAUUAAUCGGAUUUGCCACUUAUCAAUUGGACCGAACGAAUAUUUCAAGUGCGUUGACUGGCGGUUUCGCGGCUGCCAUCGAUGUGGACCAGAGCGCAAUUAACCUCGGGAACCAGUUGAUGUUCCUGGGUGUGAUUGUCCUUGAAAUACCUUCGAACAUGAUCUUGCACUCAAUUGGACCCCGCUGGUGGAUUGGCGGGCAGGUCCUGAUAUUCGGCAUCAUGGCCGCGCUGCAGAUUUUUGUCCAAAACAGAGCAGGAUUUCUUGUUACGAGAAUGUUUCUCGGGUUAGCAGAGGCCGGAUAUAUUCCUGGUGCGAUGUACACUUUAUCAUGCUGGUAUACAAGAGAGGAGCUCACGAAGCGCAUCGCGGUGUUCUUCUUUGGGAUGUUCGGGGGUACUGCGGUUUCACCGCUAUUAGGUGCCGCUUUGCUAAUGCUGGACAGAAAGGGUGGAUUAUCAGGGUGGCAGUGGAUUUUUCUAGUGGAAGGUAUAUGGUCGAUGCUGGUAGGAAUAAUGCUACUGGCCUUUCUCCCAGAACGAGAACAAGCAAACACACCUGCCCAUAACAAGGCCCCAGGAGAUGAAGAAAAGCAGCCAACCGACAUUACCAUUCAAGAGGCCCCAACACCCCAAACCCAGCACAUCCCCCUCAAAACCGUCUGGGAAACACUAACUAACAUCCGAAAAUGGCCACACUUCCUCGGCACAGCCUGCGUCUUCGCAACAUGGAGCCCGCUCACAACCUACACGCCCACCAUCAUAAUGUCCCUAGGCUACACGCGCAUCCAAGCGAACGCGCUCACCGCAAUCGGAAACUUCAUUACCCUUCCCGUCGUUCUGUUCUUCGCGUGGCUGAGCGAUAGAACAAAGCGUCGCGGGCUUACCGUGAUGCUGGCUAUCACGUGCUAUCUGAUCGCGGUGGUUCUUUUACGAUGCCUUCAGGCGCAUGUUGGGAAAUGGGGGAGGUUUGGGCUGUGGACGACGGUGAACGGGUUGGCGGUGGGGUACCAUCCGAUUCAUAAUUCGUGGAUUCAGAUGAAUUGUAAGAGUUCGCAGGAGAGGAGUAUCAAUAUAGCAAUGUGUAAGAAAUACCCCGUCCCGUCUCAGACUGUUCGAGUAUAA